GCCAGUCACCAUUGCUCGGCAGGCGUGAACACUGACCUCGUAGCCAGGUUGAUAGAUUUAAAACAUUGUUCCUUCAGUUUAUACAUUAGGCCUUGCCUACGACGGAGUAGACCGGCUAGGGGAUCCAGAGGCACAACAUUUUUUUAAUCGUUGUUUCAAUAGGUAGGUGCAGAAAACUUAAUGCAAUGUAAUUUAAAUUUAGAUAAAUUCAGCCAUGCAUUGAAAUGCAGCUCCUAUAGUUUAGAAUGAAAGAAAAAUCCCACAUUUUAUUUUCUCUCCUCGUGGGAUGGUCCAAUCUCCUGUCCCAUGUCCAUUGCACUGGUCGUUUGGGAGGGCGGGCAACCAAGAGGAUCGGCGAAACAGAAAGUUGAGCGGCGUGGGACUGACAGGAGGGCGGGAGUGAGAGUGGAAGACCGCGCCAGCCACAACAGACCCUCUCCAGCAGCACCAGAGCUGCCGUGUAGGUAGUGCAUGGAGUUAAUUGGCCAGUCGACUUCAGGGAAGGGGAAAAGGCUCAUGUCCGGUACUUACAGGUGAACGUGUUUAUCCGGAGCGAACGACCCGAGGAACAAUCUUGAGGGGAGGAGGUCAGUGUGGAAGUCCGCCACGGAUUGAAAUCUCGGGAGCACACCGGAGAGUAGUAGUAGUAGGUUUGUAAAAUGUGCCCUUACGGCAACUCGAUGACACUUCAAUGGUGAGGUUUCCCGAGGAGGGGGGAGGGAUUUGCCGUGUGACAGACAGGUGCAGAGAUCGCCGUUUGGUUUGAGCCCCGCGGUCUGUCUGUCUGUCCAUUAUAAACAAACAUGGAUAACCGAACGGAGAAUAAGACGAGGAAACAGCCGACCAAAUCCAAGCCGUCUCGGCGGAAAGAGAAGAAAUACAAAUCGGCGAAGCUUUUCAGAAGAAAGUCGCUGAGAUCCGUCGGUCAUUUUAUGAGCCGGAUCUUGAAAACUUUGGGAACUUUGGCGCACUUCGGCGACGACGCGGGCCCCCCUGAAGCCGAGGAUGACGACGGCGGCUUCAGGGAGAGCGCGGCAUGCUCCUCCACACUGAAAAGCACCACCACUUUCACCUCAGGGAAUCACAACGACCAGGUCCACGGCCUCAAGAAGAGCUCCACCGUCUCUUCCCACGGAUCCGUGAAAGACCGGCUGUCGCUGUGCUUCGGCGACAAGACGCCGGGCGUCCUGGGCUUGAAGAACCACGGGAACACCUGCUUCAUGAACGCGGUGGUCCAGUGCCUGAGCAACACGGACCUGCUGGCGGAGUACCUGGGGCUGGAGCAGUACCAGUCGGACAUGUGUCGUCGCAGCAGCGGCAGCAUAGGGGUGGUGAAUGGUGUGGUUAAGGACGGGGAUCAGCAGACAGCCCGAGGCGAGGUGACCGUGCAGCUGGCGUCUCUGGUGCGGGCGCUGUGGACCCUGGAGUACACGCCGCAGAUAUCUGGGGACUUUAAGAGCAUCGUGUCAAAGUACGCCUCUCAGUUCCGGGGGAACUCACAGCAUGAUGCUCUGGAGUUCCUGCUCUGGCUCUUGGACAGGGUGCAUGAAGAUGCCAGCGCCAAGACCAACGGAUCCUCUAAGGUUCCCAGUGUGGUGGUGAUGGAGCCUGCCUGUCCCCCGGCUCUGCCUCUGUCCAACCAGCCAGGCACCAGACACAGCUUUGUGCAGGAACACUUCCAGGCCCAGUACAGGUCUUCACUGACAUGCCCCCAUUGCCUUAAACAGAGCAACACCUUCGACCCGUUCUCCUGUAUCUCCCUGCCCAUCCCCCUACGCCAGACCAGGCCGCUGUGUGUGACCCUAGUGUUCAGCGCCAAGGGCCAGCGAUACCUGCGGGUGGGUCUGGCUGUGCCUCUGAUGGGUACCCUGAGGUACCUGAGAGCCAUGGUGGCAGAGGAGGGCAAACUCCGCCCAGACCAGGUCAUCCUAUCAGAGCUCUACACCACCGGCUUCCAGCGGAGCUUCUCGGAUGAAGACGAUCUCACAUCCAUCACCGAUAGCGACGUGGUGUACGCAUUCCAGGCCCCUCCCCUUCACAGCCGGGAAGCCCCUGCACCAAUCGCAGGGUACCACCACAGCCUCCCCUCCUCCCCGUACUCCUUCAGCCCGGGACCCGGCGGCCAGAGGUCAGGGACCCUGUCCUCAGAGUUCCUUAACAAGGGCGGCUCCACCAAGGUCCUCCUGCUCCUCUGCAGCACGGCGGGGUCUGGCCCGCAGGCAGUCAGGUUUGGACCGCCCUUUCUGAUGCGCGAGGACCGGGACAUUUCCUGGGAGCAUCUGCACCAGAGCAUCCUAAGCAAGCUCUACUACCUGAUGCUGAAUGGAUCCCAGGCUAAGAACAGCGGCGUGCUGUUUAAGAUCCGAGUGGUGGGUGGAUCUGCAGCCUACAGCUACCUCUCUCCACAAGACGGACGGCCCCUCCAGCACCCUGCGGUGGACAGGGGGCUGAAGCUGUGUGGGACCGGGGGGACCCCUCAUGUCAAGCUGGUCAUUGAGUGGGAGCACAAGGUCAAGGACUGUCUGUUUGGCAGUAUCCAGGAGGAGGUAGUGAAGGAUGCAGAGAGUGUGAGGAGCCAGCAGCAGCAACAUCUACAGCAACACAGCUGCACUCUGGACGAGUGCUUCCAGCUGUACACCAAAGAGGAACAGCUUGCCCCGGACGACGCGUGGCGCUGCCCCCACUGUAAGCAGCUCCAGCAGGGCAUGGUGAAGAUGAGCCUGUGGACCCUCCCAGACAUCCUCAUCCUCCACCUGAAGCGCUUCCGGCAGGUGGGUGAGAGGCGGAACAAGCUGUCCACGCUGGUGCGCUUCCCCAUGGCCGGCCUGGACAUGGCCCCCCACGUGGUGAAGAGGAGCCAGAGCAUGAAGAGCCUGAACCUGGGGCCCUGGCCGCCGGCGUGGAAGCCCCCCGCCGGACAGUCCCCCAGCCCGGCCCUGCCCCAGGACUACCUGUACGACCUGUACGCCGUGUGCAACCACCACGGGGGCAUGCACGGAGGGCACUACACUGCCUACUGCAGGAACUCUGUGGACGGCCAGUGGUACAGCUACGACGACAGCAGUGUUGACCUGGUGCCAGAGGAGGAAGUGUGCACCAGGGGGGCCUACAUCUUGUUCUACCAGAGGAGGAACACCAUCCCCCCCUGGUCUGCAAGUAGCUCCGUCGGGGGCUCCACCAGCUCCUCCAUGUCAGACCACUGGCUGAUCCGGCUGACGGACGACAGCAUGAGGAGCAGUGUGGCGUCUCGCCACUCCGUCGCCUGCCCCGACUCCCUCCCCGACUCCCCGGAGCCCCCAGUCUUCGAGGACAACUCCCCGAAGCAGGAGAAAGGCAGGUUUGAGAGCCGGCCGUUUGAGAGGGGUCUGAAGGGCCGCAGCGUUAGCAUGAGGAGCCCCAGCAAGGCCCGGGACACCCUGAACAAAGUCCUGCCCCUCCGCUGGUCCUUCGGCUCCAAGGACCGACGGAAACCCCAGAGCGCGGCGCCCCCCCCCGAGCCCCCGCCGGGGCCGGCCGAGCUGGUGGAGUACCUGGAGUCCGGGCGCCGGCCGCGCUGUACCAAGGAGCCCAUCGUCAGUCUGAUGGCGGGGCAGCCCGCCGCCAAGGACAAAGCUCGCCACGGCCACCCCGGCGUGGGCGGGCUCAACUGCAUGGGCAGGCCGGAGGAGGGCGGCUGUCCAGAGUCUCCGGGGUCGCAGGUGGCAGAGGGCCAGAGGCGCACGUCGGGCGGCAAGACUUCAAGCCUGAGGCGCGGCGGGAAGAGCAGCCAGGGGAAGGGGGAGAGCCCCGCCACGAGCACGACCGCCUGCACCGCCACCCUGGGCAGGGCCACCUUGACCCGCAGGAAGGACAGCGGGAAGCAGGGGUCCUCCAAGGGCCCCCCGGAGGAGGUCGAGACCAGGUGGGGGUCCAGCGCGGGGGUCCAGCACAGCGUCAGCACGCCCAGCCUCCGGCAGGGUUCUCUGAGCAGGACCAAAGAGCAGGCGGGGAGGGCAGAGCGGCCCGCCGCCCAGAGGGGGGAGCAGGGGUCCCGCGGAGGGGAACCCCAGCCCGGCAAGGAAGAGGAGGCCAAGGGCAACGACGGGAUGUUCUCGUUCCUCAAGGGGAACUUCCUGAAGAAGGACAAGGACGUCAGGAGGACGAGGCAUUGCGGGCCGGCAGGGGAUGCAGACGCAGACACAGGGAGGAGCAGCUCCUCCAGGCUGUCACUGUCCAAUGGGGAGGCAGGAGGCACUGCGACCGCCAGUGAAGGACGGCGCUCGGAUGGUGCGGGCCAUCCCUGUGCUGAGCUGCCCAAUGGGAAGGCGGCCCGCGGCACAGCAGAUAUCAAGCGCUCCCAAAGCUCCUCCAAUAUCCCCUCUAAGACAGAGGCGACGAUGCGCAGGACGGCCUCACUUCACCGCAACGGAAUCCCCCAUGCGACCGCGUCCCCCCACGGCCAGCCCACGGACAAGCUGUCCCACGGCACCCUGCAGAGGCCACGUCACAGCACCCACUCCCUGGGGCGCAAGAAAACAGUGCCAGAGUCCAGCUUCUGAGGUUUAGGUGGACAGAGUCUCGCUUCUGAGGUUUAGGUGGACAGAGUCUCGCUUCUGAGGUUUAGGUGGACAGAGUCUCGCUUCUGAGGUUUAGGUGGACAGAGUCUCGCUUCUGAGGUUUAGGUGGACAGAGUCUAGCUUCUGAGGUUUAGGUGGACAGAGUCUCGCUUCUGAGGUUUAGGUGGACAGAGUCUAGCUUCUGAGGUUUAGGUGGACAGAGUCUAGCUUCUGAGGUUUAGGUGGACAGAGUCUAGCUUCUGAGGUUUUCUGAGGUGGACAGUCUCUGCUGGACUGUAGAGGAGGUUGACUGUUUCAAAUGAAUUGUUGAGGAACAUCGAUACCGGAAGAUUUGAAGAGAUCCCAUAAAAACUGCCCAAAUACCACACCGUCAACACUGAAUACUUAAGCAUGAACACGCACACACGUGCUUGCAAGCCUAUGCACAUGAAAGCACUGGUGCACGCACCCCUUUAUGCGUGUGUGCGCACACACAUGAACCCAUGAUUAUGCGUGUGAACACACACGCUCCUACGCCAAAACAAUCACGCAAAGGGUGAAUAAUCAAAGCAAUACAACUCGAUUCCCGAUCGCGUGGCCUAAUGCUCACAGGAAGGAGGCUGUCUCACGUGAGGAUGGAGAGCAGCCAGCUUCAAGGACUUCAGCACAUUCACAUGAUAUGUCACGUUUGGUGCCUUAAUCUGUUCUGACAGUCUUAGUAUAACUCUUGCCACCGAGUGAACGUGUGUGAGUAUGAGCACUCCUCGACUUUCGAUUUGUCCUUUCUCUCUGCUAAGAUCUUUGAUGCGUGCGUUUCUUUGGCAACUUCAUGCUCUACAUUAAUAUAUUGUUCUAAAAGUCUCACAGAGCAGCUUCAAGAAGUGUGCCUUCCCAGGCAGAUGUCUACUACUAUUUUAAAUGUAUAUAUGAUAUAUGGAGAUAUGGUUAGUAUAUAUGAUUGUCAGUCUGCUAUGUUUUUUUUUAAUUCAUGUUGCAGGACCGCCCAGUCCAGCACCAGAAGUAAUUGUCAAAUUACACUAAAUGCCUAAUCCACCCUCUACACAGUGUGCAUUGACCAGUCCUACUACAUCCCAUAAUUGUUUUUGAAUUUGUUUUAAAAUCUUGCCAUGUUAUGAUCACUGCAAUAUUUCGUUAUUUGUUUCUGUCAAGGUUCCGACGCUUUUGUUUGAAAUAGUCACAAAUCAUUCACUCUUCCCCAUCAGAUUCAAGAUGACUCGUUUGGCAUGCAAGCAUUUUAAUGUUUCUUUGUAGGAAUAAUUAGCUCAGAAAGCAUAAUAGCGCAAAUGCAGAAUCUUGCUGUCACAGAAAUGCAAGCAGGACACACGUCCUCUCUCACACUGUUAUGCUGUCACCUCUUCUCCCCCAUUCCUGGUUCAAUGUGCCUCUUAAGUGCCUUGUUUAGUAUUCAAGCAAUUUAACGGUGAUGGACACUAUAAUCAAACCUAUUGAUUUGGCUCUCUUCUCACUAAUACAAGGCAGGGGACAAUACUUCAGACGUCAGGCUGAUAACCUAUGUUUGUUAGACGUUUGCGUUGCCCCGCUUUGUACACAAACUCAAUGUUCUCGGUUCACAGCAUGAAAUAGAAUAAUGUAUUAUUUAUUAAUCUAUAAACUUUUUUUUAUGGAUUUGGGGUAUAUUUUGAUAUGCAAUGAUUUGGUCUACAACUCUGGCAUAUGAAAAGGACAUGUAUUUUGAUGGUUGAAAGCUAGUAUGCUUAAUGUGAAUAAUUUGAAUCGAUAGUGACAAUAUUGUUCAUCAAAAUAUGUUAUUAAAAAAAUAAUCCAAGCAAAUUAUCUAAAAUAAUGUCUUAAGAAUGUCUAAAUCUUACUGUUUAUCGUUGGAUAGACACUGAAGUCUACAGUAGAACAGCUUUCAGGAAAUGCCAUCACCUUCACACAUUCCUUUUCGCAAAUACCAAGCCAUACAAGCCCAUAGAAAUUCAUAGCAGGCUAUAAUGUAAACCUGUGUUUGAAAAGAGAUGUUUCAUUUAAUUCAUUAAUGUGUUCCACCUGCAUUUAGGAAUUCAUUAUUAAGCGAUAUUACAUGAGGGUUUGUUUAACACAACUCGUCGUUCCGUACCGCAUCACUGCCAAUAAUGGUAAAUCACACCUUCCUGUUUGAUAAUGCUUGAACAGAUAAAAUUACAUAACAGUUCUUUGUCUUCAGACCUGUCAGUGUGACCACAAUAUGAACAUGUUAAUUCCAAGCUUUGGCCAUUAACAUGUUUUUUAUCAAACUGCUGCAAUAUUUGAACAUUUGAAUGCAGUACCAAUGGUUGAUUUUGCUUAAUUUAAGGGCAUUCAAAUCUCUCUAUAGGUUUUUACCUACCUGUUGACAAACAGGAACAUUCUGCCAUAAAGGUUUUCAUAGCCUUGAUUGGUUUUGUUAAAAAACGAUUUAUUCAAAGAGAUUUGUGACGCUUUAUCAUAUUAAUGUGUGGCAUCGUUCUUAUUAUGUAAAAUUAUACAUUUUGAGAUACUGUUUCCCAUUAAAAAUACUUUUCUUAAUGUAGAUUGAAUUUUGAGCAUUCAUACAACAACCCUGCUUUGUAAAAGUGCUUUCCGGUUUUCGUUAUUUCUAGGGCAGUGAUGCCGGCAAGUCAGUGGCAUCAAUGCUUAAUCACCCUGAAACCAUGUCAGCCAAUCAGAGGUCAUUAAAGUUAAUCCUGAGCGGGCGCAGCUUCUACUUUAAAUAAAUAUAUAUUGCAUUCUCCUACACACGUCAUGGAUUAGUAGUGAAUAUUGUUGGUCUUCUGGCUUUUUGACAUUUUCUUAAUUAAUGAUGUGCUGAAGGCAUGCUCAAACUUUUUGUAACUCUUCAGAAAAAUGAUGCAUCUGACCUUUCCUAUUCUCCUAAAUAUUUGAGGCAAUAAUAUACCAAUCAAACUUUCAUUUUUGAGAGCCUUCAAAGCCUACAACCAGACCGCAGAGUCUGUAGAGUCAAGCGCUUAGAAUAACUGGACAGGAUUCAGAGUCACUAGGGUUCGACACAGCCGCAAGCAGCUAAGAGGACGUUUGCAUUAGCAUGCGACCUCUAGGGUCCUCUUGGUCUAUGGAAAUAUAAGUUAUCUGAUUGUAUUUAAAGUGUUGUACCUCAAUGGACAGCUCGGGUCAUCCUCUUUUGAUUGGCAUGCCUUUUGGUUUCACAAAAAUGUAAGUUUUUCAUGUAGGCCUACGAGGAAUUUUGUGAAGUCUUUGAAGCGUUAAAAUCUUGAAUUGAUUGCAUGCCUCACAGAACAAUUGAGAGUUAGGGUUAGGGUUGCAAUUCACCACUCUAAUGCUAACGUCCUUGUUGCCUGCAGCUACGCUAGAUAUAGCUUUAAGUAUACAAAUCAAAAAGACUGAGUCCUCGAAAUGUAAAUACAUUUGUUCAUUUCUAGUUCAAAAGUAAAUCUCGCGAUAUUUUCUGCAGCGACAGGUGUUUGGGAGUUAUAUCGAGGCAAGUGGCUGAACCCUUCAUUACAGUGGAACUCAAAGGGCGGCUGGGGACAUAGGGACGGAUGAGACGUUGGUUAGUGCAGAUCCAGGCACCAUACCCCGAACAUCAGAAUAAAUACAAUAAAAAUAAUGUGAAGAAGAAUCUGAAAUCCAGAAUUAGUCCUCAAUGCAAUGCCACUUGCAUGUGCUGCCUCAAGCAUGAGACAGGAAAGGGACAGCCGAAAACACUCCUUAAGAAUCCGGCUACUGGGUUGAGCUGGUGUAGGGGAUACAAAAGGUUACUAUAGAUGCAUUUUUCCCUCUCCUGCAGGGCUGGCAUAUAGAUUGUUGUUUUACCGCCCACACCUAUCUCCUACUUGUCAACUUCUGUCCGACAUCACAAUGGAUGGAUUUGCAUUUUCUCCAUUGACUUUUCAUUCAUUACCUAAAGGGUUUUAUGCCUGGAAUCAAGCCAAUUGUUCAUCAAGGUAGUCGUGACCAUCUUAUUCUGGGCAAAAAAAUAAUCAGAGAAAAGGCAAUAUACCUUUAAAGGUAUAAGACUGUGUACAUUACUUUUUGUGAAGAGUGGAGGAACUACUCAUCCCACAACCAUUGCUAACUUUUUCGCGAUGGCAUUGUCAUUAUUUAUGGGUAAAGAAGCAACGGUGAAGGACCGUACUAAACGCCCUAUCCAUUGUAUUGGUCUGUAAAGUGCUAAUCAAAUCAAUCAAAUGUAUUAAUUAAGCACCUUUAAUAAAAAGGUAAUUGGUUGGGGGGAGAUCUUAUGUUUUAUGUAUUUUUUUGUCAUGCCUGUCUACUAGUGAUGCGCGGGUUAC